CCCGGAGCGCGAGCGCGGCUUCUUCCGGCUGCUCCCGGGCGGCGGCGCUGCCUGGUCCCGGGCGGCCGCGCGGAGGGCGGGCGGCGAGGCCGGAGGGAGAGGCUGGCGGGCCCCGGGCCUGCGGCGCCGCCGCGCUCGCGCCAUGGACCGAGACCUUCUCCGCCAGUCCCUGAGUUACCACGGGCCGCCUUUGCUCGCGCUGCUGCGCAGCGAGCAGCAGGACAACCCGCACUUCCGGAGCCUGCUGGGCGCCGUGGACGCCGCCCGGGGCCCGCCGCCGCCGCCGCCGCCCGAGCAGCUGCCCGGCAGAAAGGAGAAGAGAGUUGAGAACACCGAGAUACAGACGUUCAUUUCCAAAAAAGCAGACCUGCUCUUCGCCCUUUCCUGGAAAUCAGACGCACCUGCAACUUCUGAAAUCAGCGAGGACAGCGAAGAUCACUAUGCAGUCAUGCCACCUUUGGAGCAGUUCAUGGAGAUUCCGAGUAUGGAUCGGAGAGAGCUGUUUUUUCGAGAUAUCGAGCGUGGUGAUAUAGUGAUUGGAAGGAUUACUUCUAUCCGGGAGUUUGGGUUUUUCAUGGUGUUGAUUUGUUUAGGCAGUGGCAUCGUGAGAGACAUAUCCCACUUAGAAAUCACAGCUCUUUGCCCAUUAAGAGAUGUGCCUUCUCACAGUAAGCAUGGGGAUCCUUUAUCAUAUUACCAGACUGGCGACAUCAUUCGAGCUGGAAUCAAGGAUAUUGACAGAUACCAUGAAAAGCUUGCAGUCUCCCUGUAUAAUUCAUCUCUUCCACCUCAUCUAUCCUCUAUUAAAUUAGGUGUGAUUAGUUCUGAAGAACUUCCUUUGCACUACAGGAGGAGUGUUGAAUUAAAUAGCAAUUCUUUGGAGUCUUAUGAAAACAUGAUGGAGAGUUCCUUGGGAUUUGUUAACCCAGGAGUAGUGGAAUUCCUUCUGGAAAAACUAGGAAUAGAUGAAUCUAAUCCACCAUCUUUAAUGAGAGGUCUGCAAAGCAAAAAUUUCUCUGAAGAUGAUUUUGCUUCUGCAUUAAGGAAGAAACAGUCUGCAUCUUGGGCUUUGAAAUGCGUGAAAAUUGGAGUUGAUUAUUUUAAGGUGGGACGCCAUGUGGAUGCCAUGAAUGAAUACAAUAAGGCUCUGGAAAUAGACAAGCAGAAUGUGGAAGCUUUAGUAGCUCGAGGAGCAUUAUAUGCAACAAAAGGAAGUCUGAACAAAGCAAUAGAAGAUUUUGAGCUUGCACUGGAAACCUGUCCAACUCACAGGAAUGCAAGAAAAUACCUCUGCCAGACACUUGUAGAAAGAGGAGGGCAGUUAGAAGAAGAAGAAAAAUUUUUAAAUGCUGAAAGUUACUAUAAGAAAGCUCUGGCAUUGGAUGAGACUUUUAAAGAAGCAGACGAUGCUUUGCAGAAGCUUCAUAAAUACAUGCAGAAAUCUUUGGAAUUAAGAGAGAAACAAGCUGAAAAGGAAGAAAAACAGAAAACAAAGAAAAUAGAAACAAGUGCAGAAAAGUUGCGUAAGCUCUUAAAAGAGGAGAAAAGGCUAAAGAAGAAAAGAAGAAAAUCUUCUUCUUCCAGCGGUUCUUCUUCUGGGGAUGAAUCAGUUUCUUCCUCAUCAUCUACUUCCUCUUCUGAUCACAAAAGGCAUAAGAAACAUAAGAAGAACCGUUCAGAGUCUUCUCGAAGCUCCAAGAAGCAUUCGGUUAAGGCACUCUCAAAUCAGGUAGAUCAGAACAGGAAAGAUGAUUCCUUCCCAGUUCCACCCAAUACUUCAGCCUCUUUUCUUACCCAAAAACAUGAAGUGGAAAAACUGCUGGAAAAACAGGAUAGGUUACCAUAUCAAAAGAAACAGGUAAAAGAGAAAGAUAGAUGUUCUCUGUCUUCAUCUUCAGUAGAAAUUCUGGAGGAUAUUGGAGGUAGGUCUGAAGAUCCAAGAGAUUUUUCUAAUAGUUACAAAACUCAGGCAAGUAGUAGCAAAUCUGAAAAGUCUUAUAAAUCAGAAAGACCUUUUUCUUACAGAAGAGAUUCCUCAGACUCCUGCUACAGGAAUUCAGAGGAAAAGAUGAAAAUACAGGGUUAUAAAAGAUUUGAGAAAGAUGUGGAGGGACGAAAAGAGCAGUAUAGGAGGUGGGAGCCAGGCUCCAUGAGGCACCCUACCUCCCCCGCAAACUCAGACUACUCAUGGAAGUCAGCUGAAAAGUACAAAAAAUGUAAUUACCCUGGAUCACGUGAUUUUAGUAGACAGGAGCAGAGAUACCAGUUAAGUAAAAAUCAAGGAGAGUAUGAAAAAGAGGAUAAUUAUGAGGAGGAUGUUAAAACAGAGCUUCCAGAAGAAGCAAGUGGUAAAGACCAGUCAGAAAGUGGAACUAAAAAAAAUUUGCCUCAGAAUUUACUCAAUAUAUUUAAUCAAAUAGCUGCAUUUGAGCGAGAAAAGGGAAAUAAACCUAAAAACUAAUGUCAAACAAAUUAGCAUCACUGGACUAAAGACUGUUAAUAAAGGUUUUGAACUUUUUUUAGGCUUAACAGCCUAUGCAGACAUACGUACUUGAAGUUAUUUGUAGAUGUUGCAGAAAGCUAAGGCUUUUUAAUUUCUUUUAGUUAGUUUAUUGCUGUUAUAGAACCCUCCCAAAACUUGAUUUUUAGUGUUUCAUGUAUGUAUAUGUGUAGUAUUCCUUGUUUUGACAGUUUGAUUUUUUUUUUAAUACAAAGAUACUUCUCAAAGUAUUUUUAAUUGUACAUGAGAAUAGCCAUGUCCAUCAGUCCUUAUUACCUUGUUUGAUAAAAAAUUUAAAUUUGUGCUUUGAACACUUGUACUGUUUAUCGUAAAAAGUCAUUUCAUUUUAUUUUCUGUUAAAUUAAAAGUCCACGGUCUACAAAAGAAUACUUAAAUUUGAGUGUUCCUUAUGUGCUUAAAAUUAAAGUGCUCCUUAAAUUUAUUCAUAAUUUGCUUAGUUUGAGGGAUUUUUGGUAUAACUUCUUUUAAAAUGGUAGAUUACAUGUCUGUUUGACUUCUUAAUAAGCCUGAUUUAAUUCAGUAUAAUCUGUAUAGAGAAAUUAAGGCUUCUACUUAGCUUAACAACUAUUAGGAUUAAAGUCAUAAAACUGGGCUUUUUCUCUGUAUUUUUAAGCUUUAUAUACUGCUAGUAGCAUAACCAGUAUAUUUUAACUUGGAGACCAGAGCAGUAACACAGUGGGUUGGGCAUUUGCCUUGCAUGCAGCUGACCCAAGUUUCAUCCUUGGCACCCCAUAUGGUCCCCCAAGUCCCACCAGAACUGAUCCCUGAGUGCAGGGCCAGGAAUCAACUCUGAGCAUCACUGGGUGUGGCCCAAGAUUAAAAAAAAAAAAGACUAAUAUAUUUUCACUUUAAUUCUUGACAAGACCCUUGAAACCAUUUCUACAAUAGAGCAAAAUAAAAAUAGAAUGAACAAUACUGGCAAUGCAAAGAGAAGCAUAUUACUAUAAUCUUUUUCUCCUCAAAGGAAGAAACUUUGAUAAUUGCUCAGGUGUUGGAAAUCUCCAAUUGGGAAAGUAUUAGCUAUGCCUUUAAAUAGCCUAGUGUUGACUAGAGCUUUAUACUUCAUAUAUGUAUAUUUUAGAGAGGUUUUUUUUCCCCUUUUAACCAGUUUUGAGGUAACUUUUGACAUAUAACACCAUGUAUAAGAUUAACAUAAAACAUAAUUUGACAUAUGAUGGCACCAUUACUGGUGCCCGCUUGAGCAAAUUGGUAAGCAACAGGAUGACAGUGACACUGAUAAUGAAAUAAUUAGUAUAAUAUGCUUUGUGUACGUUUCAUAGGUAAGGGAAAAAUACCUUGCGAUAAAAAAAUUUAGAAAUUAACGCUGAACUUUCAAAUGCCACAUAAUUAUGGUCAUUAUGUUGUAUGUUAUCUCUAUAACUAGAAAUUAGACCUGUCUCCAGUUUCCUCUUCUCACUUCUCUCUGCUGACCACAAAUUCUGAAUUUGGUUUUGUUUCAGGUUGCUUGACAAAAGUGUGAAAAAAAUUCAUACUUUGAUUUUGUCACAAAUAGCAGGUUUACCUGUGUGCAUACAAACGCCACAACUCAUGCCGUAACAGAUGGGGAAGUGCAGAUAGCUCUUGAGUGUAAUGUUUCAGUGUAUUUGGAAAUACACCAGGAGAGAAAUUGCUGAACCAUGUGACAGGAUGUGAUUUAAAUUCUAACCUAACUGCUCUCCACAGUGCCUGUGCCAGCUGACAGUCCCCAUCACAGGUUCCGCGUCCGCACUUGCACUUACUGCAAGUCUUUUGGAUACAAACCAUUCUUACAGCCAUGAUUUGUUUAGUCAUUGUGGUUUAAUCUGCAUUUCCCAUAUGGUUAAUUGACACUGGUAUUUUUUCCUGUUUGCUAUUUGUAUGACUAGUUUAGGAAAAAAAUGUUCAGAUCACUUGCCCAUUUUCAGUUGCGUUAUUUGGGGGUUUGCUACUUUAGCACCAUCUCUCUCUUGAUGUUACCUUUCUCCUGUGUGGCUAAGCCAACAGCCUGUUUUUUUUUUUUUUCCCCAAUAAAUUCCAGCAACCAGGACUUAAGGAUAGUACAUGGAUCAGAAGUCUCCUUUCUAAUUAAGAUACAGAAAUGAGUCAUGAAUGUGAAUUUAAAAUGAUCUUACAGAAUUUUCCACGUUAAGAUUCUAGACACAAUAAAUGACAAAGGCCCUUAUUGUCAUCACAGUAACAGUAGACUUGGGAGUGGGAAGUACGCAUCUGCUUAUCCAUCUACAGAGGUGAGAGUGAAUGAUAAAGAAGUUUUAUUCUUUGUUCUGUCCUACAGCUCCUCUAACUAUAAGAUAUUAAAACUCUCAACGUCAGUGAUGGGAGCUUAAUGAAAAAGCUAAACUUUACUUUGCAACAGACUGAAAGAAAUCUAGUCAAAAACAAUUAGGUAAUGGUAGAAAUAGGACUCCUACUCCGGGAUUUUUCUUUGCAUCAAGAAACUUACACGAAGGGAUUCCUAAUAAAGUUGGGAUUUUAAAGUGUGAAAGCAAUCUCUUGAUUUAGCCUUUGACCUUUUAAGGAUUCCUAGUAAAGUCAAAUCUUACAGCAUCUUUAGUAUCAUUGUCAACACUUUGGCUUAAUGUUACACCUACAUUUAAGGCAAUUAGGACAAAAACUUAGGUAGCGCCUGAUUCAAUUCACAGAUUUCUUCAACUUACAAAGUUGUUUCUCAAGAACUGCUUUCCUGGGGUAUAUGAUACUUUUGAAUAUCUUGGCCAUUUAACUAAGGAUGUCUUCAGGAAAUCUCCCAUUGUUUCUUAUAAAGACUCAGCAAUUUUUUUUCUUAACGUAUCUACUAAUAUUGUGUGCCUUGGUUUCCAUUUGUAUAUGGAAACUUUCUAAUGCUAUAGGUGGAUGUUAAGCUAACUCUAGAUAAGGAAGUUAAUAGGGUAUAUCUCUUAUCUCGAUAUUUAGAAUAAUUACACCAAAGAUAAAACUUUUAAGAAUUAAAGACUUACACUUGCCUGAGAAUCUAACCACUACGCAAAGACUGUUUUGUUGUAAGGUUUGUAAUGCUUCGAAAAGGUCCUUUGUAGUUUCUGUCUUGGUUUUUUUUGUUGGUUGGUUGACUGGUUGGCUUUUGGGCCACUCUGCACUGCUCCAGGAUUACUCUUGGCUCUGUACUCCAGAAUUCUGCCUGCGGGUGCUCUGGUGACUAUAUGGAUGCUGGCGAUUGAACCCAGUUGGCUGCAGCAAAGCAAGCACCCUACACACUGUACUAUGUCUCUACCCCUCAAACUUGGUACAUGUUAUCUAUGUCUAAUUAUUUCAAAACUCUUGUGAUUAACUCUUACUGUGUGUGACAAAUGGUAAAAAGCAUGAAAGAAUUAACGUUCAAGGCCAGGAAGAUCCAAGGGCAGAAGCAUAUGCCUUCCUUCCAUGCUUAAGGCCUGAGCUGGAUCCCCCGGUACCACAUUGCUCCGCCAAGCUCUUUGGGAUGUGACCCCCAGCAUUGCUGGGUCUGAGCAUCACAGCACCAGCACUGAACGUUCAGGUCUGUGGCUGGGUACUGCCCAGUGUGCUGCCCAGUUCCCUGGAGCACUCUGGGAGGCCCCUCCCCAAAAGAUAACUUGCCCAAGGUUACAGGACUAAUAAGCCAAUUUUUAUUUUUUCAAUAAAAAAUAUUGAGGUUUUAUUCAAUUCAGUUUUAUUUUUUCAAAUUCCAUUCAUUUUUAUAAUGCCAUGUGGCAUCUUACAUGCUUCACACUGUAAGUCAUAAGGUUUGUCACAGGUUAUGAUGGUUCUGAGUAAUUUACAAGAAAUCACAGAGAAUAAGAAAUCUGGUGAAUAUUCACAGGGUGUAAGAUUAAUCAAUUUUUAGAUCUUAUGUACCUCAUGCAAUAAAGCAAUGUUUUAGCCAAAAUAAAUAAAAUGAUCUUUUUCA